CACCGACCGACACCUGCCAACAGCUGGUGAGCGACCGCUGGAGCAUCUCGCGCGUUUUCCGCCUCCACAAGUUGGUGUCUGACUCAAUGAAACGCAGCAACGAACCGCGACCGUAAGACCCUCCCCUGUAGUUUCCCCCUCGCCGUUUCCCGGUGACGCUCUGCAACUGGAAGCGUAGAGAGAACGGAGGAGAAGAAAAGGAGAAGCUGCAGGACCGAUGGAGAAGAAGCCGGGAUCUUCUUAUCAGUACGGUUCACUGGAGCGCACUGAAUGGAGCAGAGACAGCAACAAACCAGAGGACGACGUGGUGUCCAUGGCGGACUCCACCAUCACCACGGACGACAUUGAGGGGGAGCUUUUCAAGAUAGACAGGAUCAGGGACGUCCUGGUCCGGAGGGAGUCAGAGCUCAGAUACAUGAUGGAUGACAUUCAGCUGUGCAAGGAGAUCACUCGUCUGAAGAAGGAGCUGCAGAAAUUAGUGUCCAUACCAGAUAAUGACAAGUCCAACGAGGACCGGCAGAAGGAAGAAGAACUCCUGCAGCAGAUCCACAAGCUGGUCGAGACCAGAGAUUUCCUGGUGGACGAUGUGGAGUUUGAGAGACUCAGGGAGAAAGAAGAAGAUAAAGAAAUGGCAGAUUUUCUGAAGUCCAAAUUCCCAAGAAAUAUGAAGAAGAAAGGUGUACCAACCAGACGGGCGCCAUCCAGGGCUCAGCAGGCCUCCGCUCCCUUCGCCAAGACGGGCCUCACCCUGCUGAAGGAGUGCUGUGGCUUCACAUGCUCCGUCAUGUAGACUGGGGCCCCUCGCUGCAUGGGGCUGACACAGGGGCCACAACCCCAAAAUGUUUUCGAGUUUCAGCUUUUCAGUCCGAGUAAGACUUUGAAGCGUGGAUGGAGCGGUGCAGGCGCAUGUUGAGAGUUUCCCAGAGGGAGAGCAAAGGAAGUCGCAAACAUCAUAUGCUGAGUGUUUCCAUGCCAUCUUGUGUUGGAUCUGUUUGUCUCUUUCAUUGGAUUUCAUAACCCGGCUCUCCGCGUCUCCCAUCCCACUCCUGUUUUUUUUUUUUACUCUCAUUAAGGAACAACCCGACGACCUGCUAUUUAUUUCGGUUUUUCAUGCCGAGAGGACAGGGUUUGAAGGACAGAAACAGUACCAAGUGAGGCAUGUAUUGUGUGCACACUAAUUGGAAUCAACUACCGUGACACCUAUGAGUUUGAUAUUUAAAGACCCCACUGAGCUAUGAUAACUGUAAUCUCCUAAUUCAAAAAACAAAUAGAUGUUUUACAGGAGUCAGCAGGCCAGUCCAGACACACUGCUGGCACUUAUCAACACUAAUGAAACUGGCAUUAAUCAGGAGCUCUGUUAGGAGGAAGUCGCCUGUGAUUUGACUGCAGAUCUAAAUGGCUACAACCUUUUGAAGAGUGGUGGUUUGCGAGAACGGAUGUCUCAUUACGCUCCAUUUUCCUUUAAUGAUAAUCAAUUUUCCAGUUAUUGAAAAUGUCCUGGAACAUCUUCUGUUGUCCUGGAAAAAUAUUUCAGCAUUCUCCUCUUUUCCUUUAGCUAAAGAUUAGCUAUGAAACUAUCAAUCAGAGAUCCCCAAAACGCAUAAACGUUGGCAUGUAAAAGAGCUAAGUUAUGUUCAGAAAUUAUAUUAACGUUCAAAUGGUAGUUUAUGGAACGUCCCCCGCAGGUCACCUCACAUGGUAGCACAUGCAAGUUGGAUGACUUUACAUAACGUGGCUUUCUUCCCAACUUGUUUUAAACAGUUGAAUAAUGUUAAAUUGGUUAGCAUGUCGCUAAAGGCGACAUGCUUGCUACCUUGUUGUGCCAGGUGUGUGUUUGCAUUAUUCUAGGAUUCAUUUGUCAUAAUUUCUAACCAGUGUAAGAUAAGACUUCAUAGAUAAUUAGUUAGUCACAGUCAAAAUCUGCACGUCUUUUAAAUCAGACUUCUACACAGAGAUAGAGAUACGUUUAUGGAUCCCAGCUAGAUCAUAACGGAAAAUGCCCUGAAAAACUGAUCUCUAGCAAAGUGCUGGAACUCUAACUAUUAAUAUGGCUUGUAAUAACAAUUCAGCCAACUUCCACCAUGCAUAAACAUUGUAUAUUUGUUAGCACCCCACAUUGUAUCAGUUAUGGCCUGAAUGGCCUGAAUAUUUAGGUGCAUGUAAGGCUCCCGAAUGGCCUGUGGCACAUCCAUCCAUUACGUCGGGCACUGGGUUGUUGUGGCCAAUCAAACUACGGAGCACCUCUGUGUUGCCAAGAAGAAUGGUCGCCAUAGCAACCUUGUACAUCCCAUAUCUUUACGAUGAGACAAUGAAGACGUUUGGAUGGAUGAGACCUCAUAGAUGUGACAAAAACAAAUACUCGAGCACUAACUAUCAGGGUUACCUUAUGAAAGGCAAACAGGAGACGAUGUAACGUUGCUGUUGUUUUCAUGCUUUGGAUUCACUCUGGGGACAUCACAGCCCACUUUGGAUUGCAACAAAAUGUACCAUAAUUGAGCCUCUGAAUCCCUUUCGCAGCUUUGCCUGCCCAGUAUUUACAGAAGAUGCAAACUGAAAGUAUUUUUUAAUCUUUUAAAUCAUAAUAGAUUGUAUAUUUCUCAGUGAAUCUUUGUUUCUCAUCCCUGUUUUAACAGAGCGUUCGCUUUAAUGGUUUAUUCCAAACCUGUCCUGAGGAUGGAUACAGCUGUCUCUUCUGGUAAAUCACUAGAUCUAUUGAUAUUCAGUCUGAAAACUGCCAUAGAGGCUUUGGGUCACAUAUCACCCGGCAACCAUGUCUGGUGCUGUCAUGAUGGGUCACAGGGGAAUUAGAUGUGUGCCAAUACUGUUGAAAUGACAGCCGCGCGAGAAAAAAAACAAAAACUACCAGGGAAGGAUUUCUUCUGCAUGUGUGUGUGUGUGUGAGUAAUAUGUGGGAGGAGGUGGACACCCAAUGGGGAUAUUUGUCUCAAAUGUUAAGUAUUAGACAGUGUAAACCAUUGUGCCAAAGCAGAACUUUUUAAAAAAGAGACAGCAAUGCUUAGUUAAACAGGCACACAAAACAUCUUUGAUGCACAAUAUCUAAUCAUCUGAGGUACAAACACAUUCUCCCCCCAAUUUGUCAUAUACCCCGACUUGGUCAGUGCUCUUUAAGCUUCAAACUCUGAGGUUCCCUUUUCAAGUCUGCUCCCACGGUUGAGCUGCACAAUGCAUACAUCUGUGAAAACCUUCACGUAAUCAGUCAUUAUUUCUGUUGUGUGCGACAUGUUUCUGUUCUUCGUUGUUCACAUUUAGACAUAAAACCAGCUGUUGACACCAGCUGCAGGGCGAGUUAACAUCUCAUAACUCUGCUUGGCACGAGUCAAGCGAGGAUUCGUGAAUUUUUAUUUUGAGGA